AAUCGCGCACAUCAGUGAUCUAUCCAAUUCAGCUCCAUCUUCUUCGGCUGUGUAUCGUUCUCAGGGGGGGAAUCGGAAUACUUCGGGGAAUACUUUGAUUCUCAACCUCCCUUCUACCUGCUAUUCGACUUCCAAGCCAGCCCGCACGAUGGUCAAGAUCACGUUCAAGACUGUUCAGAACAAGCUGUUCACGGUGGAAGCAGAAGGAUCAGAGACGGUGGCGGACGUCAAGAGAAAGAUUCAGGACACUCAAAGCUUUCCCUCAGAGCAUCAAAAGUUGAUCUACUCAGGAAAGAUUCUCAAUGAUGCUGCGACAGUUGGUUCAUUGAACAUUAAAGAGAAGGACUUCAUCGUUGUCAUGGUGUCUAAGCCGAAAGCGACUCCAGCUGUCGCUGCCGCUGCUUCAUCCUCAACUCCCGCCUCUGCUCCUCCUGCUGCGCCAGCAAUGUCCACCGAAACCACCUCCACACCUUCGGCCGCCCCCUCAUCCACUGAGAACUCCGCUUCAGUGACCGCAGCUGGCAGCACUGCAACUGCGCCAGAUGCCUCAAACGCUCCGGAGAGCACUCAAGCUGUCCCUGCCUCAGCAACCACAGGAUCUACGAGCUCAGGACAUGGUCUCGAUGGAGGUUCAUUCGUCACUGGACCUGCUCUUCAACAAGCCAUUGAGGGUAUGGUGGAGAUGGGAUUCCCCCGUGAUCAGGUUCAAAAAGCUCUCAGAGCAAGUUUCAACAAUCCCGAUAGGGCCGUCGAAUAUCUCAUGUCGGGGGAGAUGCCGACUGGGGAGGACGAGGGUCCUGCAUCGUUACCAACUGCCCCUAUUCCCGCGGCACCUAGCACUGCCACACCCUCUGCACCUAUUCAACCUUCAACCCAGGCUCCCGCAGUUGCGCCGACGAGCGACGCGCCGACAUCUCGUGCUCAGGGGAGUGCAGAGAACCUGUUCGCUGCUGCCGAAGCCGCCAUGAAUCGCGAUCGAGGAGUUCCAACACCGGCUGCUGGGGCUGGAGCAGCUGGCGCAGGCCGUGGUGGUCAGAGCGAAGCUAUGGCAGCCUUCGCCAACUCGCCAAUCCUUCAGCAAUUACGUCAGAUGGUUCGCGAGAACCCUGCUAUGAUUCAACCUUUACUGCAGCGGCUCAUGAGCAGCAGUCCUCAAAUCGCUCAAUACAUCAAUCAGAACCCUCAGGCGCUGUACGACUUUUUAGGCAUCGACGCGGGAGAUGAUGGAGAUGGAGACGACGAUAUGCUUGGGCAACAGACGACGCAAAUCAACUUGACACAGGAGGAGGCGGCAGCAGUGGAGAGACUCGAAGCACUUGGCUUUGACCGGGCCAUGGUCUUGCAAGCCUACAUGGCGUGUGACAAGAAUGAAGAGCUAGCUGCCAACUUCUUAUUUGAGAACGGAGAUGAGGAUCAGGAUUGAGCGAGUCCAUUCCAGAGAGGGGAGAAGUCUAGACAGAGGACGAAAAGGAUUUGCAUGA